AUGUCUGACGAUGAAGAUGUUAUUGUUGUGAAAAAGCCGAAAUCGGUCUACUAUGGAUCCUUGGAGGAACAGGAGAAAGCGCGGUUGGCUGCUCUUGCUGCAGCGGUCAAGGAGGGCGCUGAAGAUGGAGAUGCUAAAGAACUUGGAGACAUACAAAUAUCUAAUGAAUACAUGGAACUUGAAGAAGAGAUGUCAAGAGAUAAGAAGGCCUUAUUAGAAGAAUUUGAAAGACGAAGAAAAGCAAGACAAUUAAAUGUAUCCACUGAUGAUGAUGAGGUACGCAGAAGCUUGCGUCAGCUGGGGGAACCAGUGUGUCUGUUUGGAGAAGGACCUGCCGAGAGACGUGUCAGAUUGAGGGACCUACUGAGCUACCUCGGUGAAGAUGCAAUAAACAAAAAGUUGGAAGAGGAAGAAGCUAGGAUAGAGAGAGACAGAGGUCGUGAAGGUACAUGGUACCACGAGGGACCACCGGAACUUAGAGAAGCCAGGCUUUGGAUAGCAAGAUACUCUCUACCUAAAGCGAAAGAGAGGCUAACGAAAGCCCGCGAAGAGGUGAAGCUGAGCGGCAGCAUCAGAGCGGCUGCUAAACAGGAGUCGCAGAGGAAGGCAUCAGCCAUGUCUAUAUAUUGCAGUCAGAUUGGUGAUGCACGACCCAUAAGCUUCUGUCGUUUUAGUGACGAUAGCCAAAUGUUGAUCACAGCUAGCUGGUCUGGUCUAGUCAAAGUGUGGUCUGUACCAGAUUGUACCUUACUCCAGACCUUGAAAGGACACACGUGCAACGUCAGCUCAGCGGUGUUCCACCCGAACGCGACGCUACCACACCAUUUUCAACAAAAGAUAGACAAAGCGAAAAAUAAAGACUCGGAGAGUCAACCAGAGCCAAUGGAAGUGCUCGAGGAUGUCUCGAAGAACGUGACCAUGGCGUCCUGUUCCUAUGACGGGAACGUGCAUCUGUGGAAUUUCGCUAGUGACAAACCCAUGGCGUCACUGGAAGGCCAUUCUCCCUCCAGGGUGGCAAGGGUGGAGUUCCAUCCGUCGGGUCGUUUCCUUGCAGCCACCGUCUUCGAUAACUCUUGGAGGCUCUGGGACCUAGAAACAGCUACCGAGGUCUUGCAUCAGGAAGGUCACGCCAAACCUGUAUACAGCGUGUCCUUUCAGGGCGACGGUUCGCUGGCCGCUACAGGCGGAAUGGACGCGUUCGGCCGCGUAUGGGACAUGCGCACGGGCCGCUGUGUCAUGUUCCUCGAGGGACACUUGGGAGCAGUUCUGGGUGUCGCUUGGUCUCCCGUUGGGCACCAUCUGGCUACGGCCGCCGCUGAUCACCAGACGAAGAUAUGGGAUCUGAGACGUAGGACCUGCCUCUAUACAAUACCAGCUCACGCACAUCUUCUUAGUGAUGUAAGAUACCAGCGGAGUCACGGUCACUAUCUUUUGACGUCGUCGUAUGACAAGACGGCCAAGCUCUGGUCGAACCCAGCUUGGCACCCGCUCAGGACACUGUCUGGACAUGACAAUAAGGUAAUGAGUGCGGACAUUUCAAUGGACAACAAGUUUAUAGCUACAUGCUCCUACGACAGGACUUUCAAAUUGUGGGCACCUGAUUUAGUCUAA